GCCACUCGGAGGGGUAAAGGUUGAUUCUCAAUUUACAGAUCAGGAUAAUGUACUACAAAUUGAAAGCGAAAUCAGACGCCAUGGUAAUCGAGCUGAAGACUUGUGACAUGAUCAACAUGAAGUGGGCGAAGGAUUGGGUGGAGAAAUACUCGAACAUGACUACCGAUACCUGCCCUGUGAAAACGGGGUCCUAUCGAUUCUCCGGAUUCGAACUGCCGCCGAAAAACUUCCCACUACUCGUCCUAGCCGACAUGAAUAGCGAUUACGAAUCCAUAUUUCUGGCAUAUGUCACUAAAACUAAGGAGCCUAUUAUUGAGCUCAGCGUAGGCUUGAGCUAUAAAUCUAUUCCUAAGUUUAAACGAAACAAAAGUUUUUAUGAAAAGCUGUAA